UCCAUUAUACUCUGUGAUUUUUGUUUUAAUCUCAAAAGCAGAAAGCAUAUCUUUUGAGUUUUAUGGUAAAUUUUUAAUGUGAACUUGCCUAAGCUUAUGGUUUCGAUUUUUUGCUAAUUGGCUUCUUAGAUAAUAUGCGAAUAGAGAAUUGUAGAUUAAUUAAGUGUUCAGCUUGAAUGAUAAGGUUUUGUUUGAAUCGAUCGAAGCAUAUUUAUGAUUCUUCACUUUGGUUUGAAUGUUCAGGAGCAAACUCUCUUGGCAUCGACACAGUCUUUUGUUUGGUCGGAAACGAAUUCAAGUUUUUUUAAGUUUCUGCCCUGUAAACGAGUGAAGGCAAAUGCAGGAGCACUUACCAAUUUCGAGGUGCUUGACUUCCUAAACUCAAGAGGUGCAUCAAAGGAUACUACUAGAGUUAUAGCUCCAAUUGCUAUAUCAGAAUACAAGGUCUAUGAUUAUUUGUUGGAGACUGCUGCUUCCACUCAAACACGAGAGAGCGUUAACAAGUUUGCAGACAAGUGCAAAGAUUUCAAAGUCGCAAAAGCUGAGAUUCUCAACAUCAUCAAUCUCCGCCCUUCUUCUAAAGUCGAUUUGGCACCGAUCAUAGAGAUGCCCGACAAAGAGAAAGGGGAAACACGAACCAUUGACACAGAUGGGAUAUUAGAGCUUGUAAAGGAUUUGCUACCGCCUCUGCCUACAACUGAUGAAACUUCUGAAGAUAAUGACGAAGAGGAAACAGAGAACGGUGAACAGUCGUGACAUUCAAAUGAAGUUUUCGAGUUGUUAUUUUUUUUUUUUUUUAGCGUAGCAUACAUUAUGAAACUGAAAUUGUACUAAAUUAAAUUGAUUUACAAAUUAGAAACCACAGAAAUAAUUUGUGUACCAUAUAGAUUUGUGUAUCUUCAAAGUUCAAACAGUUAGGUCCAUGCAUUA